AUGAAAAAAAAAUAAGCAGAACAUCAAAUGAUAUAUACCAAUAUCCCUAAUGCCCUCGAUAUCGGAUUUACAGCUGUGACUUUAUCAUCUAAUUUAUCAUUUAUGAUGGAAAACCCAAAUGAUUAUCCUGUCUAGUUUCAUUUCGAAUUCUAAAAAUUCAAGAUAACUCCUGAUAGAGGAUAAUUAGCUCCUGGAGCCAGAAUUAAUUUUACAUUGACUUAUGCUCCAGUUUUAGCCGAAGUUAUAGUAGCAUCAAUAAUAUUGCAUAUAUAAUAUGAAUAACCAAGAGUGAUCAAAGUAUCAGGCAUAGGUAAAUAUCCAUUCUUACAAUUAAAUACAAAAAAACUGAAUUUCGAAAGUUUAUUGAUUGGGAAAACUGUUUCUAAAGAAAUCACGAUCAAGAACUAAUCGGAAGUUACAGCGCAGUUUUAGAUUUAAAAAAUAAUUGAUGAUGAAUUCAAAGAUAAUGCAUUUACAUUGGAUUAUUACUCUGGAACCAUUCCUUAAAAAAGCACUUUUUUAAUCAAAGUAACUUAUAAACCAAAAAUUCUAAAUGUCUCAGUAAUCAGAUUCAAAGUAAUCUGCUAAGGAGGCAACGAAUUAACAUUUGAAUGCGUCGGUUAGGCAUUAGAACAUGCAGUGUAUUUGAGUGAGAAAUCUAUUAAUUUUGGAGAGAUCAAAGUAGGUAAUUAAGCCACUAAAUUAUUAACAAUCCACAACGAUUCUGAUCUCCCAACUACUUAUUAAUUCUAUACUGAUCUGAAUAAUAUCUUUGCAUUCAAUAAAAUCAGAGGACAAAUACAAGGUAAAAGCUUUGAUAGAAUCAUCAUCUCCUUCACUCCCAAAACCACUAUCAACUAUUACGAAAGAAUAUAUUGUGUAGCAAGUAAUCAGAUUAAAUUCGUGGAUUUAAUUGGUACUUGCUAUGAUCUACUGAUCAAACCAAUUCCAUUAUUGCAAUAGCAUAUUGAUAAUUUUAGAAGAAGAGUGAUCCAAGGCAAAUUAAGUGAAGUUGAUUUCAGAUACAUGGAAAAUUCUUGUUUGAUGAAAAUCAAUUAAUAAAAUGAAAGCAAUCUUUAAGGGGAAUGGCAGGAAAGUCCAAAUCAAACUGUUUAAUUUAAGGAAUUGAUGCUCCCCCCCUCUUCUGAUAAUAGAUUAAUUAAGUUUUCUGAAGACUUCAUAGAUUUUGGCUAUGUAGAAUGUUAUCAAUAAAGUAGUGCUAGAGAGUUGGAAUUGCAUAAUCGACUAAAUUGCAAAUUGACUAUAUUUUGGACCAUCCAAUCCCAUCCAACAAUCGAUGGUGAAAAGGUGCCUGUAUUCUCUGUUACUCCUGAGACCUAAUCAGCAUAAGCAAAUUCCAAAUGCAGAUUCUAAGUCACUUUUAGACCUACUAAAUCCUCAUAUUACUAUUUCCAAUAUAUUCAAUUUUUUGCCAUUAAAUAUAAUCCAAAAUUGACAAAAAAAAUACUAGAUCAAGUCAAGGUGAAUAAAGGUUCAAUUCUAAAUGAAUCCUUUGGCAACAAUGCCAAUUUGAAGUUAUCAUAAACAGGGUUGACUAAUUAAAAAAAUACAAUUGAUUUCACUUCCAAAGAAAUGAUUCCCACAUUCAGUGGUUAAAUUGGAUGUGUUGGACACUCCUUUGGGAUUAAUUCUUAACCUUACAUUCCAAUCAUAGAACUUAGACCAUCCAAUAAAUUGUACUUUCCUCCAUGCACUAUUGAGGAAUCUGUUUAUCAAACAGUUGAGUUCAUCAAUAAGUCAGACACUCCCAUCUACUUCAAUUUUAGUCCAGAUCCCACUAAGACCUUUAGAGUAUAUCCUAAUUAGGGUUUAAUUUUCGGAAAAUCAUCUCAGUUGAUAAUUGUUGAGUUUGUACCAGUUGAAAACAAGGCUUACAAUCAGACUCUAGUUUGCCACAUGAAUCAUUAAUCUUCCAAUCAAAUUAAUAUAUAAGCCAUAGGAUAUUGUUCCACUCCUUUGUUAAAAUUGUAAAAUGACGGUAAGGUAUUCUUUCCUCCUUCCUUUGUUGGAGUAUAUUCGAGAUAGAAAAUAUCAGUCCACAAUGAAUCCAGGGUUCCCAUGAGUUAUUCGAUUGACGUUCCAGAGAAAAAUUAAAAUGAAUUAUACAUUGAACCUUCUUCUGGCUAAAUAAAACCAAACGAAGUACUUCAUUUAGACUGCCAAUUUAUUCCUUAUAAAAGAAAUAAGAAGUACAAAAUUAAAGUUCCCAUGACAGCCACAGAGAUCUUAGCUGAUAACCAAAAUCUUAUUGGAUAUCACAUUCCAGGAUCUGGAAAUUAUGAUUUCCCACUUGAAUCUAGAAAACCUAUAGAAUUAUCAUAUUAAUUUGAAAUCUUUGGGCAAGGAACGGAUGGAAAUCUACUCUUGAAUGUUACCCAAAUUGAUUUCAAUAUUAUUAAGGUUAAUUUCAACACCAAGUAGUAUGCAACCUUGAUCAAUAACUCAGCCUGCACAUUUUAUAUUGAAUUAGUCCUAAGACCAAAAAAUAAGGACAAGGAUAAAAUAGAUCAUCAAAUGAUCAGUCUUAUAAACAGAUCCUUUACCUUAGAUUUGCAGAAUGGAAUUAUUGCUGCCAACUCCAAAUUAGAUAUAGGGAUCAUGUUCAAUCCUAUUGAAGUGUGCGAAUUCGAUUUAGUGUUAGAUGUGAUAGCAACUGAAAAAAAUCCUAAGGCUCCAAAAGGUCCAAAUUUUUAGAACAGGAAAAUCAUAUCUUAAAAAUGUAAAUUAGAAAUUAAAGCCAAAGGAAGCUAUCCUUUAUUGAAGAUUGCUGACGUAAGAAACGAUUCCAUAAGUGUUGCAACUUUGUGGGAGAACUUUUAAAUUAAUUAAAUAAAUGCGGAAUUAGGAAAAGACCUUAAUGAGGAUGAGUAGAAGUUUUUAAAAAUAGAAUAGUUAACAUUUGACUAGGCUUAGUAGUUACAAAAAAGGUUACGAAGUUAUGAUUGGAACUUCGGAUAUUUACCAUCGAAACCAUAAGUAAAAUCAAGAAAAAUAGUUAUUACAAUAUAAAAUAUUGGUGGCACUGAUUUAGAGUGGCAGUUUAAAUUGCCAUCAGAUCAUUAAAUUGAAUUAGAACCAUGGGCAGAUCCAGGGGAACCAUCAGAAGAGGAUACAUUUGAAAAAGCAAUCUUAGAAAAGAACAUAUUCCAAAUUAGACCUAAAGGUGGUGUUAUAGCUCCUAAAUGCUUCAAAGAUAUUGAGCUAAUCUACACUCCUUGCAAUUUGGAUGAUGAACUCAAAUCUAAAGGUAUUUCAAAUGAGAGUCAUUUUUUGAGAGUGGUCUUGUAAAUUUUGAAUGGCAAACCAUUGGUACUUAAUUUAAAGGGAACAACACUAGCUCCAUUGGAAGGGAGAUUGGCAGUAAAGAAAAAUUCAUUUGAAUUACCAGAAACUCCAGUUGGUUUAUUAUAGCCAGUGAAAUAUCCAAUUGAAAUUUAGAAUGUAGGAAGUUCAAAAGUAUAAUACAAAACGAUUGUCAAAGAAAUUGAUAUAGACGGAGAGAUUAUCGAUUCUUAAUUCAAUGUAUUUGACAUACAGAAUCCUCAAGGUUCAUUGUUGCCAAAUGAGAAAUAAUAUUUGUAUUGCCUCUUCAGACCUUUAGAAUAGAAGUCAUACAAUUUUGAAUUGUUGGUGGAGGUAUCAGAUAUGGUUAAGGUAAUUCAGCCGGUGAAGUUGGCUAUAUAAGGAAGAGGAUAUGCUAAUCAACCAAGGAAAUAAGUGUAAUAAUAGGCGAUAGAGAUUCCUAGAUAAAGAUCCCAUUAAUCACCAAUAGGAUCGAAGGUGUUCUUUUCUUUGGAAGAAAUAGAUUUUGGAGAAUUGUUACCAUUGAAGUCAGCUCAUAGGAUGAUUAUUUUGUAUAAUCAAUCAAGUGAUCGUAAAUUUACAUUCGAUUUUGGUGUUUCAUAGUUUGCACUUUCAAAUAACAGACCAGGACUGUGUUGUGGCGAUGAAUUUUUGAUUGAGCCUAUUCAAGGAGAAUUGGAAGCACAAUCAUUUAUUGAACUUAAAUUAACAUUAACAACUGCGUCGACUCCUGCUGUAUAUGAGGGGGAAUGUGAAUGCACCAUCAGUUGGGAGAAUAAGAAUUAAUAAAUUAAUACUUCGUAGGUGAGUUAGAAUUCAUAAGCGAUAACAGUAGAUAAGGAAACACUAUUUUUGAGGAUUAAAAAGAAAUCCAGUCUAAAUGUGGAAUUAGUAAAUUCUUUCAAGUAGCCUCCUCCACCGAUUCACAAUGCUAUGGCUCAUCCGUUUCAAUAAUUGUUAGGUCAGAUCAUCACGGAGGUCUUGACUGACUCACACACUGAUUAAAUCUUAAAGGCCUUAGACUAAUAGCCUAUCACUCUUUAUUAACCAGAAUAGUAAUCAAAGGGAGGAGAUGAAAUUAAACAGGAGGAUUUGUCUAUUCAGAGAGAUUACAAGGACUACAAGACUAUGUUCCUGGAGGAGGAGUUUAUUGAAUUGACUGAUUUGAUCAUGGAAAACACAUUUUUCAAUAUCAUCCAGGAGACCACAAGAAGGGAAUGCGAUUUAUUGAGGAUAUCAAAGACAUUUGUCACUCCUGCAAACAAAUGA